GCGUGCAUGCUGGGACCUUUUUAAGCGACUAGAAUAGUUAUUGCACAACAUUUUUUGGAUUUAUAGGUAAAGCAAAACAUCCUGGUCGGUGGAGUCUACUCGUUACGGGCCUACGACAUAGACGUUCUAACAGCACAAUUAUCGGAAUGGCCAUAUCUAUGCGGAUAAUGGCAGUUGCCAUUGCUGUGAUCGUUUUCAUGCAAGCUACAGAUUAUGUGUGUUCCACCACCUCGGCGUGCACAGCUGACUGUGAUGUCAAGGUCGUCAGCUUUAAAGUAAUGGUGAAGCAAAUUGUUCCAGAUGAAGUGACGGUUGUCAAGUUUGAUUUGACCACCAUAAUGCUUACAAUUAAUAAAAAGAUUUCGCCAGUUACGAGCCCAAACUUGAACUUUGAUUGUACUCUAAGGUGGGCAGAGUCAGAUAUAGGAGCCGGUGAGUACGAUAACGAUGCUUUCGACCCUCCCGAGAAAAGCUUGGCUGAAUUCAACCAAACCGGGGAAUGUACACUGGACAACCCUAAAGACCUGGAGAAUGGCCUCUAUUACAAUGACCCAAAGACUUUCUAUGGAUCAUGUAAUGUCACAUUGACGAAAGCGAAAUGUCUCAAGGCUGUCUUCCUCUGCGCUGAUUGUCCACGCCCCACCUCUGCUUCAUAUACUUCCGAUACUAAUCGCGACAACAAAAUGAAGUGUGCAUACGUUAAACCGAUCAUUCACUGUGACAAAGCUCUGUCUUGCUACCGGGGUGAAGGACAUAGCGACAAAUCCAAACUGAGGUGUGAGGAUCCUCAAGCCGAAUAUUGCAUGGCCCAACGUAGAGAGGAGGAAACAUCUUUGUUCGGGUGUACUCAGGACAAGAACUACUGCAAGGAUAAGACAAACUGCUGCGUGUGCAAGAAAGACAAUUGUAACAACAACGAAACGUGCGGCGUCGCCGCCCCCGCCACCGUCGCCCCCGCCACCACCGCCGCCGACGGCUCCGAAGCAACUUUCAAGAUGUCCGUCAUGGUUCUGCUUGUCAGCGUAAUCACAGCGAUGCGAUUCUUUUAAAAAUGAUUAUUACCCGCUUGAAAAACUUGGUGAGCUCUUAAAGUCAUGCCAGGCACUAGUGAGCCUACCUGUAUCAGGCAUUAGAUACUUUCGAAGAACACGAAGAGCAAGGUCGAGUGGCCGAGGACGAACGCAAAGGACUCGGUUGCAGAACUGAUCAGUUUCGUUUGUACGUGUAUUUGAUACAUAUGAUUGUUCAAUGACCCUGUUUGAAGAAGACGCGGUUCUGCUCGUACAUGCCUAUGUACAUAAUAGCCAUCGAAAAUUAACGUACCUUUUUCUUAUUUUAACCUAUUACUGCCUUUAUAGUGUCGAGUGUUUUUAGGCCGUGGGCAAACCCCAAAAUCGCUUAGUUUUUGCAAUCUUGUCAACAUUUUGGGGGCAGAGGGUCGCAAUAAAUGAAGAUACACGUACUUACUUCAAAAAAAAUUGCUUCUAAACCAUAGCAACCCGACAUUUCAACUGCUCAUAUCUGCAGAAACAACAUAUCUGAAGUAACAAUUUCAGUUGAUGAGUAAUAGAAUCCUUUGUUCCCCGGACGUUCUAUCGGAUGACAUUUUAAACUUCAAUACUGGUACCAUGACUGUCCCUCUGGUAAAAGUGCCCGGUCUGUUGUAUUCUGAUUGAUUAUGGUAAUGAUUUUAUAGAGGCCAUGGACCCUCAAAGACUAAAAAAGUCGCAUGAAUAGAAUAUCCGAGGACAUUUCAAACGUCUACUAUACCGACCCACAGAAACAUUUAACACAACGUUAGUUACGCAGUGAGAGUACAUGUAUAUUUAAUAACCACUGCGUACAAGCUGGAAUAAUAAAGGCCAUUUUCAUAGGCUUUGCUAUGUAGGUUAUACAUUCAGGUAACUUCCUUGGUGAUAUCAAUACGUUUUUAUACCCGGUGGCAAUAAAGGCCUACGCCAUUUGUUAAAAAAUUAAAAUUCGUAAUUGUAAAAAUUCCGCAUUGACGUUGUAUAGACAGAUGUAUACCAAGUGUCAGCAAAUUCAUUUCGUGUGCAGAAUAACUCCUGUACGGCGUUGUGUAAAAUACUGCAUUUCUUUUUUCCUGGACCACCAUUAAUUACGAUCGGCGUAC